AUGAAUAAGGGAAAUAAUUUUUUUAAAAAAUCUAAAAGUUACACGGUAAGCGUCAUUGAAUUUUCUCCAGAGAAUAAAAAAGAAAAUAAAUUAUCAAUAAUUGAUAAGAAUGAUGACCGUGGAGGAAUUGAUAACAACGGUUACGUCCAUAACGAUGAUGAUGAUGAUAACGUUAAAUACGAUUAUGAUAAAAUAUACGAUUUCGAAGAAGCUAUUUCUGCUACGCAAUUCGGUAGUUAUAAUUGGUUUUUAUUAAUUAUAAUAUUAUUGGGUCACGUAUCGACUGUUUAUUCUACGACAACAAUGUCUUACGUACUACCAUCGGCUGAAUGCGAUUUACAUUUAACAAACGUCGAUAAAGGAAUGCUUAAUUCUAUGGAAUUGAUCGGUAUGACACUCAGCGGAUUUAUUUGGGGUAUACUCUCGGAUUCCGCCGGUAGAAAAAAUAUAUUAAUUAUUAUAUUCGGUUCGGAUACGAUAAUAACGAUAAUGACGGCAAUGGCGCAAAAUUUAAAUUUACUCAUCGCUUGUAAAUUUUUAUCCGGAAUAAUUAACGGUAGCGGAGUUGCAAUAAUGGCAACAUUAGCAGCCGAAUGUCAUUCUUUAUAUUAUAGAGCAAGCGUUACCAUUGGAUUGGGUUUUUUUUAUUCUUUUGCUAUUAUUACGUUACCCAUUUUGGCUUGGUUAAUAAUUCCAACAUCGAUACAUUUAUCGUUAUUUAACGGUUAUAUAAAUUUACCUAAUUGGAGAAUAUUUAUAUUGGCGAGUUCGAUACCGGGUAUAUUAAGUUUCAUCGGUUUUUUUUUCACAUACGAAAGUCCGAAAUUUUUAAUGUUUCAAAAUAAAAAUGAUGAAGCUUUAGAAGUAUUUAAAAAAAUAUAUAAUAAAAAUACCGGAAAAUCUUUUGAAACUUUUCCGGCAAGUAUAAUUAUUUAUAAUUUUAAACUACGUCACUACCUCGUCGUUAAAAUUUUAAAAAAUGAACGACCGGAAGGUUUUGAUAAACCUAAAAAUGAUAAAUUUUCAUUUAACGAAAUGGUUAUUAAUAUUUGGAAUCAAAUAAUACAAAUAUUUCGUCCGCCAUAUUUUUUAGCUAUUCUUUUACCCUGCGUUAUACAAUUUUGCACUGCUGUCGGAGUAAACACGAUACGAUUAUGGUCUCCUCAAUUAUUUGCAUCGGUUCUCGAAUAUGAAAAAUUAUUAGGGAAUAUCUCGAAUCCAUCGACUAUUUGCGAUAUAUUGACGACGACAUCGAUAAUUAAUACCCAAAAUGUCGUGGCAGAUUGUGACGAAAUAAUAAUGGAUGAAAAUAUUUACGUUAAUUCAAUGAUAAUUGGAGCCGUUACAUGUUUAGGAUACGUUAUUUCCGGUUACGCCGUUAGAAUAAUCGAGAGAAAAUGGCUUUUAGUUUUUGUUUACUUUGCCGGCGUUGUUACAAGUUUGAUUUUGUAUUGGUCCACAACAUCAAAAUUAAUGGUUGGAGUCGUAGCCAUUUUCAUAGCAAUACUAUCAACGGGUGCAACAGCUGUGAUAAGCGUUAUCAUUGAUAUUUUUCCAACAUUUUUAAGAUCGACGGCAGUAAGUUUAUGUAUGACACUUGGAAGAACUGGAGGAAUUUUUGGUAAUUCAAUAUUUGCCGUUUUAUUAGAUUUUAAUUGUUCUAUAUCGUUUAUUGUUUUACCCACCGCAAUAUUAAUUUCUGCAGGAUUGACAUUUCUUUUACCAAGGACAAAAGGAAAACAUUUAGAAUGA